AUGAAUUAACUCACUUAUUUAACUAAAUUAGUAAACCUUUAUCAUUCCCAUAAAGGCAUAGCUAUUCUUAUUGACGGAUUUUUAGAUUAUCAUAGAUGCUUAACAAGUAAAGAAGACACUAAUACUAAAAGGAGAGUUCUUAAAACUACUAAAUUUUCUAAAAUGUUAAGAUAAUAAGGAGAAUGCGAAUAAGUUAUUAUGGUUAUUGCUGUUAUGUAAGGAAUGUAUUAUUAUGGAUUAUAAAAAUUUCCUAAUAAUACGAGACUUAGGAUUCUUUAUGCAUUAUAUCUUUUAGACAAAAUGUAAACUAAAUAAUAAGCACUAUAAGAAUUAUUGAAUGCUGAAUUGGAAAGACCUUCUUUUGAUGAAUAAUUUAUUAUUUAUAG